AUGGGGAAUCUCACAGGUAGAAGUGCUUCAACAGAUGGAAUUUCCCUUGAAGAGAUAGAGAAGCACAACACGAAGGAUGAUGCCUGGAUGGUUUUGUUCGGGGAAGUGCUGGAUGUUACGAAGUUUCUUCCGAUUCAUCCUGGCGGUGAGGAUGCUAUCGACAUGUACCUGGGGCGAGAUGCCACAGAAGCCUGGGUGGAGAUUCACACACCAGAAACCCUUGAAAGGAACCUGCACCACAUCACCAAAGUCGGGAAGUUGCAGGAGCGUGGCGGACUGAUUUCCUGGCUGUUUAAUCGACUGACCGCGAGCCGUCCGAGUCAGUCGGAGACAGCUGCGGCGGCGCCCGCGCAGCAAGAGGAGGAGGACGACAGAGGCCUCCAGUUCACACCACAGUUUGAAGAGGAGCUGAAGGCCACGAACGGCGUCUUUACCCUCGAAUCCUUGCAGCGCUGGAACGGAGUCCAGUUGCCCAUGCUCAUCAGCAUAUGCGGAGUGGUGGUGGAUGUAUCUCCAAGUGAGAACUUCAUUCCGACCUUCGGAUAUGGAAAGCUGUGGGCUGGAAAGGAUUGCACAUGGGCCAUGGCGACAGUCUCCCUAAAGGCAGAGGAUGCCAAUCGCUUCGACUGGAAGGUGCAGGAGCUUGAGGACAUGCACUUCAAGUCUCUCGCCGGCUGGUACGGUCAUUUCACUAACAAAUACCGGCAGGUGGGCAUUCUGGAAGAGCUGAAGGACUGGGACUUUGCCGCUGUCAAAGCAGAAGCGAAGGUCAACGUCAAGUGA